UGUUUCCGGCUCUUCUCAGUAGCAGAUACUCGUAAGUUUUCGGCAGUUUCCGGGGAAACUCGGGAACUCCCGCGCCUGGCUGGCUCGAGUGUUCGCCCCUUGCGGAGGCGCAGGGUCUCGGGCUAGUCAUGGCGUCCCCAUCUCGGAGGCUGCAGACUAAACCAGUCAUUACUUGUUUCAAAAGCGUUCUCUUGAUCUACACUUUCAUCUUUUGGAUCACUGGUGUUAUCCUUCUUGCCGUUGGCAUUUGGGGCAAGGUGAGCCUGGAAAAUUAUUUUUCCCUCUUAAAUGAGAAGGCCACCAAUGUCCCUUUUGUGCUUAUCGGCACAGGCACUGUCAUCAUUCUGUUGGGCACCUUUGGUUGUUUUGCUACCUGUAGAGCCUCAGCAUGGAUGUUAAAACUGUACGCGAUGUUUCUGACACUCAUUUUCUUAGUCGAACUAGUUGCUGCCAUUGUAGGAUUUGUUUUCAGACACGAGAUUAAGAACAGCUUUAAAAAUAACUAUGAAAACGCUUUGAAGGAAUACAAUUCCACGGGGGAUUAUAGAAGCGAAGCUGUAGACAAGAUCCAACGUACGUUGCAUUGUUGUGGUGUCACCAAUUACAGGGAUUGGAAAGGUACCAAUUAUUACUCAGAAACAGGAUUUCCCAAGAGUUGCUGUAAACUGGAAGGUUGUUUUCCACACAGGGAUGCAGAUAAAGUUAAUGAAGAGGGUUGUUUCAUAAAGGUAAUGACAAUUAUAGAGUCGGAAAUGGGAGUCGUGGCUGGAAUUUCUUUUGGAGUUGCUUGCUUUCAGCUAAUUGGAAUCUUUCUCGCCUACUGCCUGUCACGUGCCAUAACAAAUAAUCAGUAUGAAAUAGUGUAACCAGUAGCCACAUGGGCUUAUUCCUCUCUAACUUUAAGGUGGAAGGUUACCCUUAUGAGUUUCAUCAUCACCUGGAUGGAGACUGGCAUCUAAUUAGCCUGAAAAACAGCAUCAGUAGACUGAUUCGUCAAGAUAUGUGUGUAUCGUGGUCUAUGUCCAAUUUUUGCCCUAUUCAUAUAUCCCUGAGUCUCUGAAACACUGGAAGAGCUAGUAAAUUGUAAUGAAAUAA